GUCGUCUCGCACACCCUCCUCCUCACUCUCGCUUAUCUGCCGACGAGAGACGCCGUGUCCGUCUUUGUUUAGCGUUACUGUGUCGUUUCGAAACAAGUGAACGCGAGUCGCAAAGCUCUAUUUGCUGCUUCACGCAAGUGGUUUAUGAAAUCCUCUUUAUUUCUCCAGUUAUUGUCACGAAGCACGAUUUCUCGCGCACCGUUUCCGACUCUUACAUCCUACGAACAUCUGUCCUAGUGCAGUCGUGCGAGGGCUCUCUCAACGAACUACCGAAAAUUAUCAAAAUCAGCCGCGCUCUGCGAUGACGCACACGUCUCGAGUCUACUAGCAAAGCGACGUCACCCCCACCCACUGUAGCGCUGGGGACGCGUGUAUGGUAGUAGGACGGCGGCUGUCGUCAAAAUGUUGGGGAACAUAUGUCGGCAGUAUUGUAAGCGACGUCCCGCGGCGGAGGAUAGUGGUCCAGCCGGGCUGUGAUUUGGGCCGCGCUCGAGCGUGCCCGUCCAGCUGGUAUCCUGGUAGGCUGCCUGGCAACAGAGCCGGCCGGCGACCAUUCGAGCCUACAAGGUCACCAGCCCUGUCUCCUUCCCUGGCUUGCAUCGCCAUUCUCUCCCUUCCUUUCUGCCGUGUAGCCAGCAGCGGGCGCACAGCCGUUCUUCUGGGAUGGCUCUUCCUCCCCUGCGCCUUCCGGUGCUGCUGCUGCUGCCUCGCCGACUCGUCGUCUCCUCGUAUGGGGCUUCGAACGACAAUAGCACGAAUAGAAACCAAAAGACAGGAAUCUUGUGUUGAUGAGGACUGGAGAGAGAUUUCUUCACAGUUAAAUGUGUAGUGAGGAAUGGUAACUCCACCACCGUUGGCGUGCAACUAUAAACUUUUGCCAACGGUUGCGGAGUUCCUUAACCUCACUACAUUGGAUCAACAUGGCUCAGGCAGUAAGGACAAUGAAGAUCACCAGAGUUCUUAUGGAAAAAUAGAAGCAAAGUUGCUGAAUGGAACUAGUCUAAGUUGGUAGUUGUAUGUGCAUCGAUAGUUUGUAGUACAUAAACAUUCUGACUGUCUUCAUUGUGAAAUUGUCUGUUGAAAUAAAGAACAAUUUUCUGCCCCUUUCAUAAAUACAUAACCUUAGUGAGAUUUAAGUGUAGCUUAAACGUUUAAGCACAGGAUUUAUUUGCUACAACUGGAGAGCAGCACAAAUUAUAAGUGAUGAUUGAGUGGCCAGUCUACAUUUCUCCUGAUGUGAUGCAUACAUGAUAUUGUGAAGUCAGUUUGACAGCUGGUUAUGGAAACUUCAAGCUACUUAACUGAACUACACAUGCAGUUUUCGUAUUGUGACACAUAUUAAUACAAAAUUUGUGAAAUUUUAAUAUGAAAAAGUAAUCAGAUUAGAACUUUGCCCUCUUAUUACUUGACAGUGAUACUUUAUGAUGUAGUCCCUGUUGAUGCUAUAGUUAUCAUGUGAAUAUGCAAGAGAAGAAAGGCAGCAAGUCAGAAACUCAGAAAAAUAUUGUAAAUUUUUUUGCGAAUUGUAAUACUUAACUUGCAGGGCUAAUAGCAGGAAACCUAGGGGAUGGUAGUAAAAUAUCAGUGAUUACAGGUGUCAUAACAAAAACUUUUAUAACCUAGCAAGGAUAGGAAGAAAACAAGUAUUAAGAGCAGUUAGGGCUGAAACAAACAUUCAGUUUGAGAAAGAAAUUAGAUAGAAAAAUUAUAGCACACUACACUCAUACAAGCAACUUUAGUUGGUAAUUUCUUGAAAUUACUAGAAAUUUUAUUUCCACUCAGUUAUAUUUCAGUCUGUGUAAAAUGCCAGCUAUCCAUCUUGUGUCAAAAUAUUCAAGGACUGAGGAGUAAAAUUAAUGAACUAUUUAUUUGCUUUGGUAAAUUAGAGUCUUCAGCCUGGUUGAUGUAAUCUGCCUCUCAGAACGUUAUGGGGCCAGUGGUAUGGAUAUUUUAAGUGUUGCAGCAUUAGUUUAGAAUCUCAGUUCUGUUGAGUAGAAAUGAAUAAAGGAGAAAUUGUCACAUUUAUCAGAUGUUAUCACACAUUUAUAAUAAUAUAAUAAGUACUUGUCUUUGCAAUCUUUUGUUCAACUAACACAUUCCACAUUAGGAUGUUAAUCAUUAAAUAAUCUACAGGACAUGGAACUAACCAACCUGCAGAAAAUUUUAACCUGUUCAUAAAUCACCCAGACGCUGCAUUAGCCUAGUUAACAGUAAACCAAAUAGCAGUCGUUGGUGAUUUUAACAUAGAUUUUCUUAAAAUCUUCUACACUAACGUUAUCAUUCUAAAUUAAUUCCUAGUCAGAAUUUUCGAACUUGAGUAGAUAAUUCCUUAAAAGAACCAUCAACAAAAUUUUUUAUAGAAUAGUCUAAUGAACAUUAUAUUAUAAAAAGAGUGGUAUGUGGCCUUAUAUAUCACAACAUACAAUUUCUUGAGUUGUAGCCUAUUGUUAAGAUUGAUCAGGACCCAAAAUCUAUUGAAUCUGAAUUGAGAAGGGUAGUCAGUAAGCCACAAAUUUAUUAUUUUAGGAAAACCUCAGAAACAUCAACUGCAGUGGUGUAUACAAUACACAUGACAUGAAAGACAAAUACAAUACAUUUAUUAAUAAA